AUGAGGAUUUCAAUAUUACUACUAGCGUGGCUAGUACCGUUUACAGGCUGCCUGACAAAUCCAGGGCGUGACUUAGGAUACAACGUUCAGCCAUAUCCGCCAUUUUUACCGCCGCCACCGCCUCAGACCAGUCAACAUUGGUAUGGUUAUCCAUAUGCGUACUCACAUAACAAACGACCAACAACAUCGAUUAUACGUCUAUUGCUGGGCCAUCAUUCGCUGGGUCAUCAUUCUCUGGGCCAUCACCCUCUGGGACAUUAUGCUCCAGUCUGCGGUAUCUUAAAUGGUGCCUUUAAAACAUUUGUGAAUCUUAAUCAUUUCCUGGAAGCUGUAAGACGUGGAUAUGCUUUCAGAUUUUUCUGCAAGGGUCCCUGUCCCAAAUCAGUUACCUCAUGUUCAUCCAUUGAACUGAUAUGUGCCUUUGAUGGGAAGUUCACAAAAACCUUCAAGAAUACUUGUGAACUGCGUAAGGAUGAGUAUUUGACAGGGAGAGAAUGGAUUGUGGUUUCCGUUGGUCCCUGCUAUCACGACAUCACCGAUAUAACAACAAUAAAGCCACCACCAAUUAUACAAACAACUGGUGCAAUAGAUACAACGACCGAAGCAUUGUCAACUACCGAUACUUCUGAAACAACAGUUGUUUUUGAGACAACUACCGAUUCAGAUACGACACCUUACUCAACCACACCUACAUGGGAGGAUACAACUGAUGAAUCAACCCAUCCGACAUUUGAAACCACAACACCAACGACAGACACAACAUCUGAUUGGGAUUCAGGUGCAGGAGGAGGUGGAGAACAUAUCACAGACUCAACAACGACAUCCACACCCGAAACGUCAACACCUCCCGACACAGAGACCACUACAUUGCCGAGCUCCCAAACUACCAACCCUACACGUCCUCCGACGACACCACCAUCUGGUUCUCUGACAACAACCACAAUAGGACUUGAGGCUACUACUACGCCUACAACUUCUGGCUCUGAAACAACAACGCAAUCAGAUUCCGAAACUACAACUUCUUCUGGCUCUGGUACUACAACACCAUCAGGCUCUGAGACUACAACUCCGUCUGGCUCUGGUGCUACAACGCCAUCUGGUUCAGAGACUACACCACCAUGUGGCUCUGACACAACAAUACCAUGCGGAUCGGAGACUACAACUCCAUCUGACCCUGAAAAUACACCACCAUCAGGCUCUGAUACUACAACUCCUUCUGAAUCUGGCGCUACAACACCAUCCGUAUCAGAGACUACACAUCCAUCUGGCUCUGACACUACAACACCAUCAGGCUCUGAGACUACAACUCCUUCUGGCUCUGGUGCUACUACACCAUCAGGUUCAGAGACAACACCACCAUGUGGCUCUGGCACUACAACACCAUGCGGAUCGGAGACUACAACUCCAUCUGACUCUGCAACUACAACACCAUCUGGUUCAGAGACUACAACUCCAUCUGGCUCUGGCGCUACAACACCAUCUGGUUCAGAGACUACAACUCCAUCUGGCUCUGGCGCUACAACACCAUCAGGCUCUGAGACUACAACACCAUCAGGCUCUGAGACUACAACUCCUUCUGGAUCUGGCGCUACAACACCAUCCGUAUCUGAGACUACAGCUCCAUCUGGCUCUGAGACCACAACUACUUCUGACUCUGAAACUACAACACCAUCAGACUCUGAGACUACAACUCCUUCUGGCUCUGGUGCUACAACGCCAUCUGGUUCAGAGACUACACCACCAUGUGGCUCUGGAACUGCAACACCAUGCGGAACGGAGACUACAACUCCAUCUGACUCUGAAACUACAACACCAUCAGGCUCUGAGACUACAACUCCUUCUGGCUCUGGUGCUACAACGCCAUCUGGUUCAGAGACUACACCACCAUGUGGCUCUGGAACUGCAACACCAUGCGGAACGGAGACUACAACUCCAUCUGACUCUGAAACUACAACACCAUCAGGCUCUGAGAUUACAACUCCUUCUGGCUCUGGUGCUACAACGCCAUCUGGUUCAGAGACUACACCACCAUCUGGCUCUGGCACUACAACACCAUCCGGAUCUGAGACUACACCACCAUCUGGCACUACAACACCAUCCGGAUCUGAGACUACACCACCAUCUGGCUCUGAAACUACAACACCAUCAGGCUCUGAGACUACAACUCCUUCUGGCUCUGGUGCUACAACGCCAUCUGGUUCAGAGACUACACCACCAUGUGGCUCUGGAACUGCAACACCAUGCGGAACGGAGACUACAACUCCAUCUGACUCUGAAACUACAACUCCUUCUGACUCUGGAACUACAACACCAUCAGGCUCUGAGACUACAACUCCUUCUGGCUCUGGUGCUACAACGCCAUCUGGUUCAGAGACUACACCACCAUGUGGCUCUGGAACUGCUCUGGACUACAACUCCUUCUGGCUCUGGUGCUACAACGACCAUCUGGCUCUGGAACUGCAACACCAGAGACUACUACAACACCAUCUGGCUCUGAAACUACAACACCGUCAGGCUCUGAGACUACAACUCCUCCUGGUUCUGGUGCUACAACGCCAUCUGGUUCAGAGACUACACCGCCAUGUGGCUCAGGAACUGCAACACCUGACGGAACUACAACUACAACACCAUCAGGCUCUGAGACUACAACUCCUUCUGGCUCUGGUGCUACAACACCACCUGACUCUGAGACUACACCACCUCUGGUGGCAUCUGGAGACUACACCACAACACCAACACCCGGAUCUGAGACUACAACCACCAUCUGGCUCUGAAACUACAACACCAUCAGGCUCUGAGACUACAACUCCUUCUGGCUCUGGUGCUACAACGCCAUCUGGUUCAGAGACUACACCACCAUGUGGCUCUGGAACUGCAACACCAUGCGGAACGGAGACUACAACUCCAUCUGACUCUGAAACUACAACUCCUUCUGACUCUGGAACUACAACACCAUCAGGCUCUGAGACUACAACUCCUUCUGGCUCUGGUGCUACAACGCCAUCUGGUUCAGAGACUACACCAUCAUCUGGCUCUGGCACUACAACACCAUCCGCAUCUGAGACUUCACCACCAUCUGGCUCUGAAACUACAACACCAUCAGGCUCUGAGUUUACAACUCCUUCUGGCUCUGGUGCUACAACGCCAUCUGGUUCAGAGACUACACCACCAUGUGGCUCACUGCAACACCAUACUACAACACCAUCUGGCUCUGAAACUACAACACCAUCAGGCUCUGAGACUACAACUCCAGAGACUACACCACCAUGUGGCUCUGGAACUGCAACACCAUGCGGAACAGAGACUACAACACCAUCUGGUUCAGAGACUACAACUCCAUCUGACUCUGAAACUACAACUCCAUCUGGCUCUGAAACUACAACACCAUCAGGCUCUGAGUUUACAACUCCUUCUGGCUCUGGUGCUACAACGCCGUCUGGUUCAGAGACUACACCACCAUCUGGCUCUGGAACUACAACACCACCAGGCUCUGAGGCUACAACGCCAUCUGGUUCACUACCACCAUGUGGCUCUGGAACUUCAACACCAUGCGGAACGGAGGCUACACCACCAUCUGGCUCUGAAACUACAACACCAUCAGGCUCUGAGACUACAACUCCUUCUGGCUCUGGUGCUACAACGCCAUCUGGUUCAGAGACUACACCACCAUCUGGCUCUGGCACUACAACACCAUCCGGAUCUGAGACUACACCACCAUCUGGCUCUGAAACUACAACACCAUCAGGCUCUGAGAUUACAACUCCUUCUGGCUCUGGUGCUACAACGCCAUCUGGUUCAGAGACUACACCACCAUGUGGCUCUGGAACUGCAACACCAUGCGGAACGGAGACUACAACUCCAUCUGAAACUACAACACCAUCAGGCUCUGGAACUACAACACCACCAGGCUCUGAGGCUACAACUCCUUCUGGCUCUGGUGCUACAACGCCAUCUGGUUCAGAGACUUCACCACCAUGCUCUGAGACUACAACUCCUCCUGGCUCUGGUGCUACAACGCCAUCUGGUUCAGAGACUACACCACCAUGUGGCUCUGGAACUGCAACACCAUGCGGAACAGAGACUACAACUCCAUCUGACUCUGAAACUACAACUCCUUCGGGCUCUGGUGCUACAACGCCAUCUGGUUCAGAGACUACAACUCCUUCUGUCUCUGAGACCACAACGCCAUCUGGUUCAGAGACUACACCACCAUCUGGCUCUGAAACUACAACACCAUCAGGCUCUGAGAUUACAACUCCUUCUGGCUCUGGUGCUACAACGCCAUCUGGUUCAGAGACUACACCACCAUCUGGCUCUGAAACUACAACACCAUCAGGCUCUGAGACUACAACUCCUUCUGGCUCUGGUGCUACAACGCCAUCUGGUUCAGAGACUACACCACCAUGUGGCUCUGGAACUGCAACACCAUGCUCUGAGAUUACAACUCCUUCUGGCUCUGGUGCUACAACGCCAUCUGGUUCAGAGACUACACCACCAUCUGGCUCUGGCACUACAACACCAUCCGGAUCUGAGACUACACCAUCAUCUGGCUCAGAAACUACAACACCAUCAGGUUCUGAGACUACAACUCCUUCGGGCUCUGGUGCUACAACGCCAUCUGGUUCAGAGACUACACCACCAUGUGGCUCUGGAACUUCAACACCAUGCGGAGGCUCUGAGACUACAACUCCUUCUGGCUCUGGUGCUACAACGCCAUCUGGUUCAGAGACUACACCAUCAUCUGGCUCUGGCACUACAACACCAUCCGCAUCUGAGACUACACCACCAUCUGGCUCUGAAACUACAACACCAUCAGGCUCUGAGACUACAACUCCUUCUGGCUCUGGUGCUACAACACCAUCUGGUUCAGAGACUACACCACCAUCUGGCUCUGGCACUACAACACCAUCCGCAUCUGAGACUACACCACCAUCUGGCUCUGAAACUACAACACCAUCAGGCUCUGAGACUACAAUUCCUUCUGGCUCUGGUGGUACAACGCCAUCUGGCUCAGAGACUACACCACCAUGUGGCUCUGGAACUUCAACACCAUGCGGAACGGAGGCUACAACUCCAUCUGACUCUGAAACUACAACUCCUUCUGACUCUGGAACUACAACACCAUCAGGCUCUGAGACUACAACUCCUUCGGGCUCUGGUGCUACAACGCCAUCUGGUUCAGAGACUACACCACCAUGUGGCUCUGGAACUUCAACACCAUGCGGAACGGAGGCUACAACUCCAUCUGACUCUGAAACUACAACUCCUUCUGACUCUGGAACUACAACACCAUCAGGCUCUGAGACUACAACUCCUUCUGGCUCUGAAACUACAACACCAUCAGGCUCUGAGGCUACAACUCCUUCGGGCUCUGGUGGUACAACGCCAUCUGGCUCAGAGACUACACCACCAUGUGGCUCUGGAACUUCAACACCAUGCGGUACGGAGGCUACAACUCCAUCUGACUCUGAAACUACAACUCCUUCUGACUCUGGAACUACAACACCAUCAGGCUUUGAGACUACAACUCCUUCUGCCUCUGAAACUACAACACCAUCAGGCUCUGAGACUACAACUCCUUCUGGCUUUGGUGCUACAUCGCCAUCUGGUUCAGAGACUACACCAUCAUCUGGCUCUGGCACUACAACACCAUCCGCAUCUGAGACUACACCACCAUCUGACUCUGAAACUACAACACCAUCAGGCUCUGAGACUCCAACUCCUUCUGGACCGGGUACCACCACGCCAUCCGGAUCUGAAACUACAACUCAUUCGGACUCAGAAACUACACCGCCAUCCGGAUCUGAGACAACAACUCCUUCCGACACUACAUCCCCGGCAGGCUCUGGCACCACAACGGCAUCCGGAUCUGAGACUACAACAAUUACUGCCGCUCCGACUACCACACCUGUUGAUUCUCAUACUACUACACCGUUUGACGCUGAGACUACAACCCCUCCUAGUUCUGAAACAACACCACCUUCUAGUUCUGAUACUACACCAGAUGUUGGAACAGAAACUACCGAAACUGCGACUACACCACCAAGUUUGGAUUUGACAACAACAGCAAAACCACCCGCGGAAACAACAACCACAGCCACUGAUGUGACAACUCCUUGGAAAACGACUGAUUCCGGUGCAGCAGAUGAUACACAAACACCUUUGCUGCCGACCGUUCCAACCGAUACAUCAACUCCUACGUCUGCAACGGAGACAACAACAGAGACUGACUUUGAUUCAGGAUCCGAUCAACAGACAGGAACACCUCCAGUGCCUGGAUCCACAGAUGCGCCACUUCCACCAUGUAAUCCAAAUAUAACAGCAAAACCAAUUUGUCCGCCACCACCAAAACCUAGCCCUUGCCCACCAGCUGGCAUAGUAUCUACUCCAUAUCCCCUGAACCACUGGCUCUCCAAGUUAAAUCAAACAUCCGCAAUAUUGUCGAUUAGAACUAAUCUGGGCAAUAAAUACGGUACCUAUGUCGAAGGAAAUGUGCAAAAUCGUGGAAUUAUAAUAACUCAAGGUACAGAUGGCGCCAAAAGAAAAUCGACCAAGAACAUGUCGAAAUUGGUUGAACUUUUUAAAGCCAUGCAUGAGCAGAAACGACGAGCGACUUAA